UUAAAAUGUACUUUGAAUGUUUUCCUGAGAGUGGAAUAAGAACCAUAAUAUUUUGUGACCACAGAAUGUCUGCAAAUUCUUUUCUGGAUGAGUUCCUGGCGUCCACACCGUCAUGGAACUGUAUUGUAGAGAGUCAUUUAAAGAACAACGUUUCUUCGUGGUCUGUUAAAUCAGGUUGUGAAUGGAAGAAGACCCUAAAUAUAAAUCAGUCGUCAUCAUUUAAAUUCACUGUUGGAGACAUUACUGUUUGUGGAAUGUUAGGGGACAUAACGGAUACCAGGGUGGAUGCUAUUGUCAACAGCUCUAAUAAAUUCCUGGACCUGACUAAAGGUGCGGUGUCUCAAAACAUUUUAAUCAAAGGUGGAACCAUACUGGAAGAUGAACUUAAAUCAACAGAAAAACGUCGUGAGAUCGAUAAGCAAGGUUUGGCUGUGACUACUUCCGGUGACCCUUUACAGAUCCCGUGUUUGUUUAUAUUCCACGUGGAUUCUGUUUCUGUCAGUAGAUCUUUUAAAGUGACUGUUGCUUGGAAAAAGAUGGUUCUGAAAUGUUUACAAAAAGCAGAAGAAAUGAAAUUGUCAAGCCUAGCAUUUCCUGCACUAGGAACAGGGACUUUACAUGGAAACAUAAGGACGACAUCGCAGUUCAUGUUGGAGGCUCUAGAAGAAUUUGUCAAAAGAGGACCCAUUCAUCUAAACCAAGUCUACAUCAUAGUUCUGGAUCAGCCCUUGUUGGUAGAGUUACAUGAUGCAAUGCGUGAUCGAUACAUUGGUAAUGUAAAUACAUCGAAAUUAUUAGUAGUAACAUAA